AUGUCAGACGAGGCUGCCAUCCCCCAGCCUGACUUCAAGCCCUCAAAGCUCGGCACAAAGGAUUACUGGGACAAGGUUUAUAAUCGCGAGGUGAUCAACUUCAAGGACCAUGGAGACAUUGGAGAGAUCUGGUUUGGCGAGGACAGUGCAGUGAAAAUGGUCGAUUGGGUCGAGGAGCACUACGAGGACGAGAAGGAGACCUGUGCCGUUCUCGACUUGGGCUGCGGGAACGGACAUCUGCUCCUCGACUUGGCUGAGCUUGGAUUCGAGGACUUGACCGGAAUCGACUACUCGCCCGCAGCCAUCGAGCUUGCCAAAGCCGUGGCCGAGGACAAGGAGGUCGACCACAUUAUCAGGUACGAGGCCGUUGACUUUUUGGCAGAAAAGGAGACCCUGGAAUGGUGCGCACAACAGGCAGCCCCUGGUUCUGAUGGUCAUGGCGAGCCCAAGAAGUUCAAGGUUAUGCUGGACAAAGGCACCUAUGAUGCCAUCAGUCUGCACCAAAAGAACAAAGCCGAUGCUGUUGCUGCAGCAGCGGCAGCUCAUGCUGAUGCGGAUAGUGAGGAGAGGAAGGAUGAAGAGUCUGUUGCCAAGGAUAACAUUGUGCUUGCUGAGAAUGACGACAAUAUGGAGGAACUGGCUGACCGGUACCCCAAGCGAGUUGCGUCGAUGAUGCGCGACGAUGGGCGUCUGCUUAUCACUUCCUGCAACUGGACUCAGCCCGAGUUGAUCCAGCGCUUCUCCCAAUUCUUGGCAUGGAGGGUUACAGGAGAUGCAACAGGCAUUAUCGCUAAGAUCAAGGUCUUGGCAGCAGAGCAGCAGCAGCCUUACCGUGGUCAAGCCAAGCCGACCCAACCUCACAUCCUCUCCACAACCCCAAAAAUCGGCAUCGACCGCGACAGAGACCUCGACUCCAUCGGACCCUCGGCACCACACGAAUGGACCCCUUCACCACCAUCAACCACAACCGCAGCUGGCCCAGUCUCGGCCAUAUCGACCCCACCGAACACUAUUGCUGCUUCGCCAACAUCGACGACAACAACAACAGCAGGAACAAUGAAUGCCGCUUCGUCACCAAGGACUCAGCGUAGAGCAUCGUCAACAACCAUGGCGGCAUCCUCUGCAUCUCUUGGACCACAUCCUCCAGCCCUCGUCACCCUCUCAUCCUCCUUCAGCGGCGCUUCAUUGCAAGACACCACCGGAACAUCAGCAGGAGGAUUCGACCCUUCUUCCUCCCGCAAUCUCAGACAAGCGCCAUUCACACGGACAUCCGCCUCCAGGUCACUAGAAGCGAUCGAGCGACGAAAUGCCACCUUGACCAGGCGCUCGGACAGCCGGCCAUCAGACCAACUCGCAGCAACAACCGACAGACCCGCUGGAAGCAAUGCAACACACCCACACAUCCACCCCUCGUCCCAGUCCAGUCAUCAAAAGUCCUCUUCUGGAAAGCCCGGAGCCCCGUCAUCGGCAGAGGACACACUCCUCACAGAGCCGGUCAAAACUGCACACCCCCUCGGUGCAAUUGGCCCUAGCCGACCCAACACUCGCCAAAAGUCUAUCGAGUUCUCCGGCACCGAGUCGAAUCGGGAGCGAGCAGGAUCAACAGACUCGCCACUACCCGCCACACCACUCGCCAACGGACGGCCGCCGUCACUACAAGCAAUUCGAGGCCUCUCCUCAAAUAGCGCUACAACUCGAAUCGCACACUCGACGUAUUCGUCAAAGUCGUCGCCAGGACCAACUGCUUCAGUGGAGGACUUUGGGCAUUCCAAGAGCCGUUUCCUGUACGACCCCAACGAGUACUCAAAGUCAGUCCCGUCUUUUACAACAGUUCGUCUUAACGCCCCUGCAAGAGGUGCCCGUCGACGGCCGGCACAACAACAACACCAGGAGUUACCUAUGGCUCCCAAACACAACCACGGUCCAUUAAUGGCACAAAACAAUCAGGAAUCAGCUACGGCAAACCCCAAUAUGGAACUACCUGUGACCAAGGAAGAGCACCCCUAUACCGCCUCGCCACCAUCGUCGGAGGAGCAAACCGGGACGCCCUUGUUCAAAUCACUCCUGUCUCUUUCUCCAUUCUCACACAUGUUCUCCUCAGGAUCUUUCAACACACUCAGCAAAAGCGAAGAACUUAACUUGAGACGAUCGCCUCCAACCCAUCAGUUUAAAAAGGCAUUUUCGACUGGCGAGAUGUCUGAGAGUGGUCGACCAUCCAGGAGGCACCUGGGAGCAGCCUCAAUAGUGACAGGGCCUCCAAGAGGUCUUGGUGGAUUUCAUUCGGUUAUCCAUGCCCGGUCAUUCAGUCCAACACGCUCUACCAGCCCUCCAGAGUCGCCCAUUUCGCCACCACCUUCCCUGCCUGAUACAACUCGCACCCACCCGACUUCUCAAGCUGAGGACUCAUCCUUUGGCAUUCAUUUACUUCAGCAAUCAGGAUCGACAGGAUCGGCGAUGUAUCAUGGCGACGAAUCGGUCGGGCUUGGAUAUAUCAAUAGACCUCUGAACUCUCAACGAGUUUUGGAUCUUUCGCGUUACUACGACGCUCCUUCGCCAUCGCCUAUUUCAGCAGGAUCCGCCACUCUGGCUUCUCUCCGAAAGUCAAGGAGGCAACACAGGGAUGACGAUCAAGGUCGAGAUGUAGGCCCUACUUCUAGACCCAUGUUUGGGUCAUUUCGGGAUCCAGACAGUGAUGGCUCUGUCUCAUCUUGGUCCACCGAGGAAGAACCUAGCAAGACAGGAGAUUCGCCUCGGAGAGGCCCGUCGUUCCGUCACCACCAUCAUUCGUUUUCUCACCAACGCCGAUCGUUCAGCUCAGGAUCAGCGGCAUUGUCCACAGUGUCGCCACCUCAGUCGCCCCUAGAGAAAGAACUGGAUAGCAGGACGCUUUAUGCUUUUGCACGAACCCGCCUCAGGAGAGACUCUGCCAGCUCGGCAAGCUCUGAAGGAGAGCCUGUGGCACCCCUGCAUUGGUCUUCUCUGCCACCCAUUCCUUCCUCCUCCUCUACUCUCUCCAUGAGGCGUUCGUCAUCGUCAUCGUCCAUUUCAUCUAGAGCGUCCAGCAGACGAUCAUCCAUGAGUGAAUCAGAAGUCAUGGAAGUCGCUCUACCCUAUCUCAACUUGACGCUACUCCGGCAGGCCAUCGAGACCUACAACGCCUCCAAGCCUGAUACUCCUCCGCGGUCACCGCCAAGCCUAACACUCAGGGACUUCAAGCCUAUUCACCCUGUGUCAUGGAGACAUUCAUUGGAUCAUCGGGAGAUUUUGGGUGCAGGAAACACCGCCGACACGACAGAUCAGAACACGGAACUCUUUGACAAUGCGGCUAUGGCGCAGGAGGUCCAUAACAAUGACAAAAAGAAGAAUCUGAUGCUGACACUGUCCGACUAUGUGGUUCCCACGCAUGAUAUCCCUAGUCGAGUCAAGGGAACAGAAAGGAUCCCCAACGUUGUCUCUCCAGCUCGAUCGACUGUCUCUUCAAGUCUUUACUCUUCCGAAGGCGAUUCGACGUUUCUCCUUGACUCUUUGCGCUCGGUAUUUUCGUCCUCGACGGCGUUGGGGUCAAGUUUUCUCAUGAGAGAUCGCGAAGAAAGAUCGAGUCUUGGAAGAGAGACUUUGGGGGCCGUGAAUGUCGGCGGGAUUGAUCUUGAAGCACUGAGGGAGUGCUACGAGAUGAUGAUCGAGCUCAAGCCGCGAACCAUCUUUGCGAUCCAGGUGACCAACUCUAUCGAGAUUCUUCUGGCAAGGAUUGAGCUGGAAAUGGAGCUGGAGCUGGGCCAGACCAUGAGACGGAAAGUAUGGUCUGAGGAGGAGAUGAGAGCCAUCAUCAUCCUCCUUAUGAAUCCCUUCCUUUUUGAGCAACCUUAUCAGGAGUCCCUUUUACGGCGGAUCUUGCUGAUUUUCAUCGCCUUCCCUGACAAAGCCAAGUUGAUCCAAUGGCUUUCAUGCAUGGACGACGAAGGAAUGGCCCAGAUGGUCACACUGUUCAAGACAUAUCUCUCGGCCCAUUUCACGCCACGACCGGUGGGCGAUUCCCACCCAGCCAUCUGUGCAGUCAUGGGCUUGAACAUCCUCUACCAGGCCAACAACAUUGGAACAAAACGGGAGCAGGAGAGGCGUAGGCGCUCAGUGAUCCAGAGUGCCAAGGAGGGGAAGGCGCAAAUCGCCAGCAUGGAGACCAACUCUACCAUUUCAUUCAAGUACUUUUACUCAGGCGUGAUGGAAGCAUUGAAGUUCAAAGACGAGUACCAAAUCUGGCGCGACGGAUGGGGUAAAAGCCCGCAUGAGAAGCAAUUCUCGUACUUUGACUAUCCGUUUUUGCUCUCACCAACUUCUAAAUCGCACAUUAUGAACUUGGAUGCGCUGACACAGAUGAGUGCGCAUUACGAGGAUGCUUGUGUGCGACAUGCCCUAGCAGACCACGCGCAGCGACUUCUCCCCGAUUCCAUGACGGCCUCGGCACACGAGUUCCAAAAGGGCAUCCGAGCUGCGUCUUCGCCUUAUCUUGUUUUGGAAUUGACUCGUGGUCACUUGGUGGAGGAAGCGUUUGAGCAGAUCACCAAGAAGCAUGCGGAUCUGAAGAAGCCACUCAAGGUUGCAUUUGUCGACGUUGGAGAGGAGGGCAUGGACCAAGGAGGCGUGACCAAGGAGUUUUUCCAGAUCAUGGUGGAAAAGGUCUUUGAUUCCAAAUUUGGGCUCUUCAAGGAGCUGGAAGAAGGUCGCUCCUGGUGGUUUGAAGGGACGAUGGACGGAUCGAGCCACGUGGAGAUGUCGUCUAAGGAUGCUCGGGUUCGUCUGGUGGAAUAUGAACUUGUCGGUAUUCUUGUCGGGCUGGCACUGUACAACGGUGUCAUCCUUGGAGUCAGAUUCCCUUCAGUUGUCUAUCGCAAGUUGCUUGGAUGGGAGGUCGAGCUGGAUUCAUUCAUUGAGUCAUUCCCUGCGCUGGGCAAUGGAUUGGAGCAGAUGUUGACAUGGACCGAUGGCGACGUGUACGACGUGUUUAUGAGAGAGUUCGAGAUAUCUUACGAACACCUGGGCCAAGUCACGACUAUACCCUUGAUACCCGGCGGCCAGGAUAUCCCAGUGACCAACGAGAACCGCGAGCAGUAUGUAAAUGCCUACGUGGAUCAUUACCUCCACGAACAUAUUCGACAAGAGUUUGCUGCCUUCCAGCGAGGAUUUGAGAAGAUCUGCGGAGGCGAAGCGCUAAAGCUCCUACGACCAGAGGAAUUGGAGUUGAUGCUCUGUGGAAACGCAGAUCUGGACAUGCACGACCUUGAGACGAGCUGUCUCUACGACGACGGCUACAGUCCCAACCACACGCUGAUCAAGGAGUUUUGGGAGAUUGUGCAUGAGGAUUUGAGCACAGAACAACACAAACAACUGCUGGUGUUUGUCACGGGCAGCGAUCGUGUCCCUAUCCGGGGAUUGAAGGACCUGAUGUUUGUGAUUCAGCGAAACGGGCCUGACUCUGACCGACUGCCGACUGCGUUGACGUGUUUUUCCAGGCUUCUGUUGCCAGAAUAUUCCAACAAGGGCAAGAUGAAGGAGCGACUGGUCACCGCCAUCGAGAACUCCAACGGCUUUGGACUUGUCUAA